AUGGUAGGGAAUGUUAGGGUAGGGUAGGGAAGAGUAGAUUAAGGUAGGGUAGAGCAGGGUAAUAUAAAGUAAGUAGUAGCGCAGGGUAGGGUAGGGCACGGCAAGGCAAGGCAAUGCAAAGAAAGCCAAAACAAGGCUAGGCCAAAGGUAGACAAGGGGUCAGGCCGGGUCUGCUUUUAAAGCCCUAAGCUCGGCCCAGCGAGAUCAAAAAAUUUUUAGGCUCGGCCAGUUUUAAAAAAAAUAAAUUUAGAAAAAAAUUUUUUGGCUCCGGCCUACUCCUCAAGCCCUGCCGUCUGGCCUGGCCUUAUUUUUAGGCCCGGCCCGUUUUUUAUCUUGCUCAAGCCCGACCCGUCGCCAUGUCUAACUAUAAGGACAGGCGAUUCAAGACAGAGUGCCCUCUUCUUUAGAAAUUUCAAAGUACCCCCCCUCUCAUAAUCUUAAGCACCUUAUGACCCCAACAAGCCCUGGAAAUAACCCAAUUCGCAUCCCCCCCCCCCCGCAAAAUAUCAAGAAUUUUAAAUUCCCCCCCAUUAAAGCUCUGAAGGUAACCCAAUUCCUUAACGACUCCCCCCCCCCCCAAAUUGGAUUGUUAAUCGAAUAACUGUGUUGAAUGAUUGCGAUGCUUCUGAAGUGAAUCAUCGCAUUCCUGACAUUUCACGCUAACUCGUUUUUCGUGCUUUUAAGAUCCCUUCGUGGGAUCGCUUAUCACUUUUAACCAUUUUUUUCGAAUUUUAGGGUUAAUUGUGGUGGUUUGUUGUGCUGUGUUCAUAUUGCACGCUGCUGUUGUUCGAUAUUGCACUUUGUUGUGUCUUUGCAUUGUGUUGUCUUAUCAUUGGAGGUUCAUAUUAGGGUCUUUUGGUGAAGUUUAGUUCUUUGUUGGUCAUUUUAAGGCCGAUUUGACCAUCUUUAGCUCAAUUUUAAUCAUUUUAAAGCCGUUUUUUAUUAGUUUUCAACCUUUUUUCGCCAUUCGUCAUCAUAAUUUGUACUAUCAUCUUCUUCUCUAUCUACCCUUAAACUCAGCUCAUCCUACCUUUAGCUCAUACCUUCUACCCUUAAGCCCAUCUCUUCUACGCUUAGCUCCACUAUCUACAUUAACCACUCUUUAAACUUUUCAAGCCUAAACCAUCUCCCAAGUCAUUCUUGACUCUAUAUCAACCCUUACACCCCCAUACCGACUCGUACGGUCGCUUUCUGUAAAAACUGGAUCAACGACGGCGCAACCGUCCGUUGAGCCGCUCGUUGCGCGAGACGAGUCGAGUCGCGGCCCGUGACCGCCGCAAAUCCACCAACUCGGCGCAGGCGGCGUUUUUCGUGCCCGGCUCGUCGCUGAAGCUCGCCGACUCCCUCACGUACUGUUUCCAGCGCGCGUUGUGCGGUCAGCCCACGGACAAGUACGUGCCGCGCCCCGCCCAGCAUCAUACCCAGCCCGUGCUGUAUCCGGACACAUUUCUGGCCGAACAGGUGCAGCUACGGAGUGGAGUGGAUCGUGUCCGUCGACAACGCAGCAACUCCACCUCAACCUCGUCGUCGUCGCUGCCAAGCGAGCCGAAGCCAGCCGGUACGGUAUCGCAACUUGUCGCGUUCGUACGCAAAAAGUCAAUCAUGAAACACAACGAUGUAGCAUCGACCUCAAAUGGCGCUUCCAAGAAUAAUGGUGGUGUUAACGAUAACGGAGACUUUGAGUUUCGUCUAUCCUCCGCCAUGGCACAGGCGAAUUUGGGGAACAAAGCUCAAAGCCAACAGAAUCUGAAUGCAAAUACACAGUUACGGUCGAAAAGCCCCGGUGCCAUUAUCAAUAGAUUCACAAACUUUGCACGUAGCAAGUACCGGAAUAGUAUGCACGAAAAGACUGUCAAUUCAGUGCAGAAUGAUACUGUUAGAAGGGUAAAUACUUGGUCUUUGUAGGAAAAUGUAAAAUACGUUGAUUUUUGCUAUAAAAAACUAAAUAUCUAAAAAAUGUGACAGUAAACCAGAAAAAAUUUGGAAAAAUUAAAUGACAAGGUUUAGUUAUUAAAAAAUUAUUUUUAGGAUGUAAAUCGCGAGCUACAACGAGUUAAAGAUGAACAAGCUACUAGGGUUGAUCUUAACUCAUCUGAUGUAAGUUUACAUAAUUUUUUUUCAAAUUUUUCAAUUUUUCAAAAAAUUUUUUAAAAUUCGAAAAAUGUCACUUUCAGAUAACCGUAAUCCCCCCGGUGAUCAAAGAGCUAACUCAGAUCACAGAGCUAUUCCUGUACAAGAACAAACUUUGCACGUUACCACCUGAAAUCGGGUCCCUAGUCAAUCUACGUAUCUUGGGACUGAGCGAGAACAACUUGUCAUCCCUACCAGAUUCUAUCAGUAGCCUAAAGAAGCUAGAGACACUGGAUUUAAGGCACAAUAAGCUUACUGAGGUGAGUUUUGUAAAAUACGAAGCGGCACAAUAGAACCUAUGAGUCUUACCGAUGAUAGAAAGUGCCAAAAUUUAAUGGAAAAAAGAAACGAAAUGUCAAAAAAAUCAUUAUUGAUUUUAUGUUUUAAAGUAACGAAAUGUCAAAAAUUGCUUUAUUGAUUUUAUAUUUUAAAAUAACAAAAUGUCAAAAACUUCAUUAUUGAUUUUCUCACAAAACUAAAAAAUUUUUUUCAGAAAAUCCCCGAUGUGAUAUUCCAAAUGGAAAACCUCGAAACCCUGUGGCUUCGAUACAACAAGAUUUCGCAUAUAUCGCCAGAAAUCGGUCGAAUGAAAAAGUUGAAAAUGGUCGAUUUGCGAGAAAACAAAAUCACAGCAUUACCGGUCGAAAUUGGCGGAUUAGAGCAGUUAUCAAUUUUGCUUUUAUCAGCGAAUCAUUUAAAAACAUUGCCUGAGGGUAAGCCUUGAUUUUUAGUUUAGCGUUUAGGAAAAAUUGGGAUUUUUGGCCUUAAAAUUUUGAAAACUUUGAUCUUUGGUCUGUACUAUGCUAUGUUGUACCAUACUAAGCAGUACUAUCCAACUCUACACCGGCCUGGAGUGAUUUUAAAGAUUUCAAACCCAAAAUUUAAAAAUUUUCAGAAAUCGGAAACCUAGCCCAGCUAACCCAACUUGACCUUCAACACAACGAACUCCAAACCCUACCCGCGGCUAUGGGCAAAUUAAGCGGCUUGAAACGCCUUGCCAUUCGCUAUAACCAACUUUCGGCCCUACCCAGCUCGCUAGCCAAAUGCACAUCGUUAAGCGAGUUUAUUGUGGAGAGCAACAAGUUGACUGGACUACCAGAAGGCCUGUUGGUAUCGUUGAACCAGCUCAAAACUAUUAAUUUGAGUAGAAAUCAGCUCAACUCUUUCCCUCAGGGAGGGCCGAAUCAGUUCGAAAGUGCUAUAGUGAGUUUGGUCUAAUUUUGUCAUAGUAAUCAAGUAUCAAUAACAGUAAUUCAUCUUAGGCUUAGUUUUGUGUGCUUAAGCUUAUUGCGUCACCUUUAGGCUUAUUGAGCCAUUUAUAGUCUUAUUUUUAUCUGUUUAAGCUUAUUGCGUCACCUUUAGGCUUAUUGAGCCAUUUAUAGUCUUAUUUUUAUCUGCUUAGGCUUAUUACGUCAUCCCUAGGCUUAUUUUUGUGUGCUUGGGCUUAUUGCGUCGAAUUUAGGCUUGUUUUUAGGUGCUUAGGCUUUUUAAUUCAUUUUUAGGCUUAAUUUUGUGUAUUAUAUAACAUAACGUCUCCCAACUUUGUCCUUUACAGACCGUGAACAUGGAACACAACGCGAUUUCCCUGAUCCCCUUUGGCAUUUUCUCGAAAGCCCAAGGCCUAACCAAGCUCAACUUCAAAGAGAACCAGCUCACUUCCCUCCCCCUCGACUUUGGCACCUGGACCUCCCUGACCGAGCUCAACGUCUCCAACAACGACCUCAUCGAACUCCCCUCCGACAUUGACAAACUCGUGAACCUGGAGGUGCUGGUGCUGAGCACGAACCGACUGCGCAAAUUACCGAGCCAAAUCGGCAGUCUUCGCAAAUUAAGGGAAUUGGAUUUGGAGGAGAACGAACUGGAGUGCAUCCCCAGCGACAUUGGCUUCUUAAUGUCACUCACCAAAUUAUGGGUCCAAUCCAACAAAUUGACUAGUCUGCCGAGAACCAUUGGGUAAUAUUUUUGUUGGUUUUUUGAUAAUUAUUGUUAUUAUUGUUGGUUUUUUUAUAAUUUUUGCCAUAAUUUGGAUAAUUCAUUGACUUUUAUGCCAAAAAUCAUAAGAUAUGCCCGAUUAUUUCGAAUUUUUAUAUUAACCUUGAUCUUUCCUAAAUUUCAGAAACUUACUAAACCUAACGGACCUUCGUGUUGGUGAAAACAUGCUCAGCUUUAUCCCUGAAGAGAUUGGUAAGGUUUUACUUCCUUUAAUUCAGGCUUUACUGCCCAAAAACAGCAAAAAAAUGCCAUUAGCUUAUAUUAUCCAUGCCAUUUUUAAAAACUGUGCCUUAUUCUUCAAAAAAAGGCUCUAAACUGUGGUAUACAUAAUAUCAGUAACUAAUCUUACCAUUUCACAGCUCUAUUUCUAUCAAAAAACAAAGAUUUCGCCUUUCCUAUACAGUUCCUCAUGGUUAAUAUUCGAAAAUUUGGUAUUUUUCAAGGAAAAACAACAAGAUUUAAUCUAGUUUACGGUUAGAAUAGUAAAGGCAAAUCUUUAUUUAUUAUUUUGACAUCAAUUUCAUUUUUAUUUUGACGUAAAAACAUCAAAUUUUCAUAUUGUUUGUGGCAAACACCUAAAAGUUGAUGCUAUUCAUGGCAAAUUUGGUCUUUUUUGUUAAAAACCAUAAUUUUUGUAGACCAAAAGUUGAAGAUAAUUUAAGAGAUAUAAAAAAAACCGGUUUGGCGUAUUUUACCUUGUUUGGCCAAUUGAAAAACUUGAACUAUACAUUAAAAGAAUAUGUUAUUCAUGCCAGAUUUGAUCUUUUUCCUUUUAAAAAUCAAAUAUUUGUGGUUCAAAAGUUGCGUUUAGCCUAAAUAUAAUAAAAUAAAUAUAGUAAACGUACUCUACCUCAUUUUAGGUCAUCUGGAGAACCUGAAAUCACUUUAUUUGAACGACAAUCCUGGCCUCCAUUCGUUGCCAUUCGAGCUUGCUCUAUGUUGUUCAUUGGAGAUCAUGUCCAUCGAAAGGUGUCCUUUGUCGCAGAUUCCACAAGAUAUAACUGAAGGCGGUCCUUCACUAGUCAUUCAAGUAAGUUUUGGUCGAUAUUUCUUUGGAAAAGGCUGGUUGUUCAGGAAGGGACAAGUUAUACGAUCAAACGUAUUUUUGCCGCUUUAUCACAUACGAUGAAAGGAGACGAGAAAAUUUAGAUUUUGUGGUAAAUUAGGAUCUAAACUUCCUUAAAUUCGAAGUUUUUUUUAAAUUUUACUAUAGUUUGACUUUCAGUACCUAAAAAUGCAAGGCCCAUAUCGUGGUAUCUUGAUGUAA